AACACACCCACCUAAAGUGUUUAAAUCAGUGGUUUUUAGUAUGUUCACAAAGUUUUGAAACCUUCACCUCUACCUAAUUCCAGAACAUUCCAUCACCCCAAAAGAAACCCCAUCUUCAGGAGUAGUCACCCCAGCCCCUGACAACCAGGAACCCACUCUGUGGAUGUGCCUGUUCUGGAUGUUUCUCAUCCAUAGACUCUCACACUGUGUGUCCUCUGUCUGCUUUUCUCACUGAGCAUCGUGGUCCCAAGGUCUGUCCACGUGGUAGGAGUGUCAGUGCUUCUCUCGUCUUCACUGUAUGGGUGGACCACAUCUUGUUUAUUCACUCACCUGUUGCUGGGUGCCUUUUGGCUGUCUUGAGUCUUGCUUCUGUGGACAUAUGUACACUUGUGUGGACAAGUGUUUGGUUCUUUGGGUCUGUCCCUAGGAGAAGAGUUCAUUGCUGUAGUAACCGUUUACUUUUGGAGGAAUUGCUGGGAAUUCUCCAGAGUGCCUGUUUGCCUCCUGAAGACUAAGUUUCUGGAGGCUGGGCCCUCAGGAAGUGGCUUCUGCAUCAGCACCUGCCUGUGGGGAGUGUGCAGCAGGGCUGAGUGUGGGCCUGGGUCACCUGGUUCCUGUGUCCAGGCCCAGCACAGGGCCCUUGGGUGCAUGUCUCACUUGGAGAGGAUGCCGAGGCUGUGAAGCUGUAGGGCCAGCAGCCUCUGCCUUCCCUUCAUGCUGCAUGCCUGGCCUGCUCGUGAGGGGGCAGCUUCCACUUCCCUUUGCCCUGAGUUGCCCCAAUGUCCCUCAGGGAGCCCCUCACUGCUCAGUGGGGCCACGGAUCCUGAUCUGCUCCUCUCCUCCGCAGGCCUCCUCGCUGCAGAGGCAGAGCCAGGGUGUGGCCUCCCGCCUCCCUCACGGCCUGUGCCCUGGGGAGCCCAGCUUGCGCACGACAGCAGUGGUGUCCAUGGGCUCUGCAGACCAUCAGUUCCACCUGGCAGAGAUCCUGUCGCAGAACUACGGUGUCCGGGAGGAGUGCGAGCAGGCUGCGCGGGGCCCAGAGAGGCCGGAGGAGGACCUGCAGAAGGACUUCAUCUCCCAGAGCAGUGACAUGCCCCUGGAUGAGCUACUGGCCCUCUAUGGCUAUGAGGCGUCAGACCCCAUCUCAGAGCACGAGAGUGAGGGCAGCGACACUGCGGCCAACCUCCCAGACAUGACCCUGGACAAGGAACAAAUAGCGAAGGAUUUGCUUUCAGGGGAAGAAGAGGAAGAAACCCAGUCCUCAGCCGACGACCUCACUCCAUCUGUGACCUCCCAGGAGGCCUCCGACCUUUUCCCUAAUCAGAGUGCACCCCGCUUCCUGGCCAAUGCAGACAGAGAACCUGGCUCCUCAACCUCAUCAGACACCGAGGAGGACCCACUUCCUGCCAACAAGUGUAAGAAGGAGAUCAUGGUUGGGCCUCAGUUCCAAGCUGACCUCAGCAACCUGCAUGUAAACCGUCAUGGUGAGAAGAUCUAUGAGAAUGAAGACCAGCUGCUCUGGGACCCCAACAUCCUUCCUGAGAGGGAGGUGGAGGAGUUCCUGUACCGGGCAGUAAAGCGGAGAUGGCACGAGACGGCCGGGUCUCAGCUCCCGGAGGGAGAAGUAGUGAAGGACAGCGAGCAGGCGCUGUAUGAGCUGGUGAAAUGCAAUUUCAACGUGGAGGAGGCCCUGCGGAGGCUAAGGUUCAACGUGAAGGUGAUCCGAGAUGGGCUUUGUGCCUGGAGUGAGGAGGAGCGCCGCAACUUCGAGCACGGCUUCCGUGUGCAUGGCAAGAACUUCCACCUGAUCCAGGCCAACAAGGUGCGCACGCGGUCUGUAGGCGAGUGUGUGGAGUACUACUACCUAUGGAAGAAGUCAGAGCGCUAUGACUACUUCUCCCAGCAGACAAGGCUGGGCCGCAGGAAGUACGGCCCCUCAGGAACCACGGACGCAGACCAGGAUCUGGAUGGCACUGACCCUGAUGGCCCUAGCCGCCCCCGCUCCUCACUGCCCCUGCCCCCUGCCAAUGGCCUGGGCCCUGAGCAAGACCCUCUGGCUCAGAUGCAUGGGGAGCCUCCGAGCGUAGGCAGCAGCACAUCUGGGAGCCCCAGUGAGCCUGGGGAGAGCCCAGAAGGCCUCCCAUCCUUGGAACCAGGGCCCUGUGCCCUCCAACAGCUGGACGCACCCCUGGCCGCGCCCUCCCCUCAGCAGCCCCCAGCCCUGGCUGACCCGGCCUUCUACCCCACCGCCACAGCCACUCCGGAGCCUGGGGCCAGCCCAAGACUGGCCGUGGACUUGGCCCUGCCUGGGGCCCUCCCAGAGGGGCUGCCUCUCCUCUCCAGCCACGCAGAUAUGGAUGGGGAGGCCGAGGAGGCCGUGGCCCCCGCACAGGUGGCCUUGUCGGUCGCUGAAUUUGGACUCAUCGGCAUUGGGGACGUGAACCCCUUCCUGGCCGCUCACCCAGCGUGCCCGGCCCCUGGGCUGCACUCGGAGCCCCUGUCACACUGUAACGUGAUGACCUGUUGAUCCCUGGCCACAGGCGGGCAUGAGUGGCCCAGACUGGACUUAGGGCCACCACAAGGCCUGCCUCUCAGUCUUCCCGACCCUUCCCUUCUCAUGGGCCUCGGGUAGCGCCUUCUCUGCUCGGAGUACUUCAAGGACAGGGCUGAGCGGUGGCCCUUCCCUGCCCCACACACACCGGCACCACCACCCAACUCCAGGCUGCCUUGCCCACCGUGGGACCCAUCGGGCUGCCAGGGCCGGGGGGCCGGCUGUCCAGCCAGCAGAGGCGAGAAAGGCGUCCCGGCCCCACAGGGACGUGGGAGACAGGGCCGGACGCCGCCCCCACCAGCAGCCUCUGCUGAGCACCCUCAGCGCUCUGCCACCCCGUCUCCCUGCACCUGGCCAGACUGCGGGCUGCCCCUGCCCAGGGCUCAGGGCAGCUGCUACUCGGUGCCAAACCCCGCGGGGCACAGAGCCAUAUACCUCGAUGUCGGCCUGCCCUGCCCUCGACGUCCGCCCUCGCUCCACUUCAGGAAAAGCCGCACUUUAUACCCCCUGCCCCCACCCCCGGGGUCUUUGGCAGCCUCCGGUGUGGGUCUGAGGACACAGGACUCACACUUCCUUGGUACCAGGACCCUGUCGCCUGCAGCACCAAGGGGCCUGGCUCCGGCCUGUCCCCUGCCCCCGGAGAUCAUGUUUCUGUUGAGGCCCCCAGCGAGACGGUUUGGGGUCCUGGGCCUUCACCCCAGCCUCCUUCGGUUAUUUAUGUUUCUGUUUACAAAUCGGAGUGGGGUCCUCGGGGGCAGGGCAGCACUCCUGGACCCAAUGUCACCAAGGGAAGUCUUUGGCACGAGCCGUCCCCAAGGUCGGACUCCACCUUCCCUCGCCCCACCAAGGACCACACUGUGAAGUGAUAACUGCCUUGAACCCCUUGCUGUUUUAUUUAUUAAACUUGAUUUGAAGCCCCA